AUGUCUUCUCUGUGGAAUGCAUUCACCGGAGGCAACAAGCCUGCCCAGCAGCAGCAGCAGCAGCAGCAACACCAGCCUUUCACUCCCGAUGCUGCCCCUCCGACCACCCACCUCUACGACCCAACCCAAGGUGCGGGCGUUGAGUCCUUCUUGCAGAGCUCGGCUUUCGCGGAUCCCUCACAAUUACAUCCCCUCGCUGGAUUGAACAGAGACACCCUGGAAUACCUCUCUCUCGAAGACUCAACGCUGUCCGACCUGCCGGGCGGCCAAUCCGUUCUCCCCUCUCGAGGAUUCACCGACGACCUUUGCUACGGCACCGGUAUUACUUACCUGACGGCACUGUCGAUAGGAGGUGCAUGGGGAUUCCAAGAGGGUCUGCGGAGGUCUGCCGGCCAGCCCCCUAAGCUGCGACUCAAUGCCGUUCUCAACGCCAUGACAAGGCGGGGUCCAUUCCUGGGCAACAACGCCGGUGUUGUCGCCAUCACAUACAACUGCAUCAACUCGCUGAUUGGAUUCCUACGCGGUGAGCACGACGCUUUCAACACAAUCGCUGCUGGUGGGCUCAGCGGUAUGGUUUUCAAGAGCACCAGGGGUGUUCGGCCAAUGAUGAUUUCCGGCGGUCUAGUGGCCUCCCUAGCCGGUGUCUGGGCGAUUGCACGACAGUCAUUCUUCCCCGUCCCCGAGCGACAUGCCGAGCACGCCGCAUUGUAA